UAUUUGUCCAGGUGACCAUCUGUAACAUCUUACUUGUUACUACUACAACUGAACCAGCUACUACCACACCUGUACCCAGCAUCAUGCUCCUUGUCAGACUGACUGCGUUCACCUUGCUGGCUGCAGUUUGCUGUACACUACCAGCUGCAGCGACGAGAGUGGUCACCUGUGACAAUGGAGAAAACGUCCAGUUCCUGAUCUGUGAUUCUGGGGUGAUCUCCAUUGAGAGAGCUCUGUAUGGAAGGACUGACGGAACCACCUGCAGAGAAGGACGACCUGCCAACCAGCUGACCAACACACAGUGUUCACAGAUUGGCACCCUGGAGGUCCUCUCACAGAGGUGCAAUGGGAAACAGGUGUGUGAAGUGAACACGGAAGUCUUCCGUACUUCUGACCCCUGUGUGGGAAUCUACAAAUACCUGGAUACCACCUACACCUGCAUCCCAGCAACACGCAGCAUCACGUGUGAAGGCUCUGAUGGUCUACUAGAAUGUGAUGAAGGUACGAUCCAGAUCCACAGUGCCAACUAUGGCCGCCGUGACCAGCUAGUGUGUUCCUUUAAUCGGCCCGCUAACCAACUAGCCAACACCAACUGCCUGAGCCAAUCCAUAACCACCAGUAAGGUGGCAAAGAGGUGUAAUGGGAAGAGCCAGUGUGACGUCACGGCGUCCAACUCUCUGUAUGGAGAUCCCUGUGUAGGGACCUACAAGUACCUGGAUGUGGCUUACACCUGUGUAGGUGUAUUUGUCCAGGUGACCAUCUGUAACAUCUUACUUGUUACUACUACAACUGAACCAGCUACUACCACACCUGUACCCAGCAUCAUGCUCCUUGUCAGACUGACUGCGUUCACCUUGCUGGCUGCAGUUUGCUGUACACUACCAGCUGCAGCGACGAGAGUGGUCACCUGUGACAAUGGAGAAAACGUCCAGUUCCUGAUCUGUGAUUCUGGGGUGAUCUCCAUUGAGAGAGCUCUGUAUGGAAGGACUGACGGAACCACCUGCAGAGAAGGACGACCUGCCAACCAGCUGACCAACACACAGUGUUCACAGAUUGGCACCCUGGAGGUCCUCUCACAGAGGUGCAAUGGGAAACAGGUGUGUGAAGUGAACACGGAAGUCUUCCGUACUUCUGACCCCUGUGUGGGAAUCUACAAAUACCUGGAUACCACCUACACCUGCAUCCCAGCAACACGCAGCAUCACGUGUGAAGGCUCUGAUGGUCUACUAGAAUGUGAUGAAGGUACGAUCCAGAUCCACAGUGCCAACUAUGGCCGCCGUGACCAGCUAGUGUGUUCCUUUAAUCGGCCCGCUAACCAACUAGCCAACACCAACUGCCUGAGCCAAUCCAUAACCACCAGUAAGGUGGCAAAGAGGUGUAAUGGGAAGAGCCAGUGUGACGUCACGGCGUCCAACUCUCUGUAUGGAGAUCCCUGUGUAGGGACCUACAAGUACCUGGAUGUGGCUUACACCUGUGGCUAAAUGAGAUCUUCUCUGAGGAACAAAGACCAGAGAGACUACUUGGAUAACUUCCUCUUCAUUGGGUGGAUUUGUAUUUGUUUCCUGUCUUCUCUCCUCUGAA